AUGAGUGAUAGCAAUUAUCAUACUAAGACUGAUAGUCAAUCGGUUCGAAAAUUGAAUUUUGAAGAUGAGGAUUCACCACUUGUGAUAGUUGAACAACUAGAACCAAUAUCAAUAGAUAGCAAUGAUAAAAUUCAUGCCAAUGUAGAAGAAGAAGUGAUUCCAAAAUUAGGAAUUGAGUUUGAGACUGAGCAAGAUGCGUAUGAUUUCUAUAAUAGUUAUGCCCGUGUAGUUGGAUUUAGUAUUAGGCGAAGUAAGGGCCACAAGGGUGAUAAAGAUGGUUCACGUAAAUGGUUAGAUAGAGUUUUUUGUUGCUCUUGCGAGGGUAUACGAGGGAAUGACAAAAGAGAUGAUAAUGUGAAAUGCCAUCGUCCAGAAACAAGAUGUGGUUGCAAAGCAGAGAUGAAAAUUAGUUGUAGAUAUAGUGAAAAAUAUUGUGUGGUAAAAUUUGUGUCAGAGCACACACAUGUCUUAGCUUCUCCUCGUAAGCGUAUAUUCCUUCGAUCUCAAAGGUCCAUUAAUCCAGCCCAAGCUGUUGAGGCUAAAUUAGCAGAUAGUUCUGGAAUUGCACCAAGAGCAAGUGUAGGACUAAUGGCCCGAAGGGUAGGUGGACUUGACAAUCUUGGCUUCAUUCCUGAGGAUUAUAAUAAUUAUUUGCGUACAAGACGAAUAGAAGAGAUGAAAAAUGGGGAUACAGGAGGCUUACUUGAAUAUCUUCAAAGAAUGCAAUCUGAAGACCUUAAUUUUUCUUAUGCAAUUCAGGUUGACCUUGAUGAUCUAAUUACAAAUAUUUUUUGGGUAGAUGGUAGAAUGAAGUUGGAUUAUGAAUAUUUUGGGGAUAAAGCAAUGUUUGGUAAGAAACCACAGACUAUCCUCACAGACCAAGAUGCUGCAAUGGCAAAGGCAUUAGCUUCACAAUGGCCAGAAACACAUCAUCGUUUAUGUGUUUGGCAUAUGUACCAGAAUGCAGCUAAGAACCUCAAAGAAGUGUUUGGAAGGUACAAUACUUUUGCAGGAGAUUUUAGUAGUUGUGUAUAUGACCAUGACUAUGAAGAUGAUUUUUUAGAUGCAUGGGAUAAUAUGCUUGAUAAAUAUGAUCUAAAGAAUAACAGUUGGUUGCAAAGACAAUUUGAGUUAAGGGAGAAAUGGGCUUUGGUUUAUGGGAGGAAAACAUUUUGUGCUGAUAUGUCUACUACUCAGAGAAGCGAGAGUAUGAACAGUCAAAUUAAAAGGUACAUAACUUAUAAUUAUGACUUGUUGCGUUUCUUUCAUCACUUUCAAAGGUUGGUUGAUGAUAGACGUUUUGAAGAGUUGAGAGCAGAUUUUAAAGCAACUCAAAGUAAACCAUCAUUAGAAUAUCCAGUAGAAAUAUUGAAGCAUGCAGCAAGUGUUUAUACUCCUGCAGUAUUUAAGUUGUUUAAUCGUGAAUUAUGGCUCACUUGGGAUUGUGAAUUGCAUAAGGAAGGUGAGGUUGGAUCUGUGGUAAUAUAUAAAGUUAUUUCUCCCCGUAAAUCUCGCCAACACAUUGUUCAAUUUGAUUCAUUGGCUUCUACAGUGAUGUGUAGUUGUAAUAAAUUUGAAUUUGUUGGAAUUUUAUGUGCCCAUGCCUUAAAAGUGUUAUCUCUUCAAAAUUGUAAAAGGGUGCCAAAUCAGUAUAUUUUAAAAAGGUGGACAAAAGAUGCAAAGGUUGGUUCUACAAUGAAAAAUUAUAUGCAUGUAGGACCACAUGACCAAAAUGCAGAUGUGGGAAGUCGUUAUAAAGUGUUGCUUAAAUUGUAUUCUAAUUUGGCAGCAAGAGCUGCACUGACUGAUGAGACUUUUCGUAUUUCUUUGGAUGCUCAUGAAAGUACUUUGAACAAAGUAGAGGCAAAUUUGAAAAAUUUAUCAAUUGAAGAAUCUACUGUUGGGAGCACUCAUUUCAAAUCAAAGGCUCAACAAGCUAAUGAUAAUGUGCAGCCUACUAAUUGUGAAGGAAAUAAAAUUAAAGGAAUUAAGCUUAAAGGGAGACAAGCAUGUGUAGGGACAUCUCGUAGAAGAAAGGGUGCAUUAGAGAAAGCUACAAGAAAGAGAAAACGUCAAACUAAAGCAUCCUCUCAUAUUCAACAGCUCACACUGGAAGAUAGCAUGAGAAAUUUAAAUACACCUGGCUUUACUGAUAUGCUGAACUUGACACAGGAAGAUAGCAUGGGAAAUUUAAAUACACCUGGCUUUACUGAUAUACUGAACUUGACACAGGAAGAUAGAAGAUUUGAACUCAAAAGUCUGUAA